AUGACGGCUAGGGCUUUGGAGGGUGAUUUUAGGGUUUUGGGUGAGGAAGUGCAGGAUGAGACUAUGGAAGAGAUCGGGGAGCAUGGGAGACCGCCCGGAGAUCCACCGGAUGCUCCAGGCUCUUGGGUGAAGAAGGUAUUAGGGUGCAAUGAAGGAGGCAUGCAUGUACCGGAGGAGAUUGUGGACGAGACUUUUGUGGAAGCAAAUCUGAAACUGGAGUUCCCUAAUGGUGAGGAUGGAGAACCGGUGAUAACGAUUGGAGAGGAGGUUUUGAGUGCUAUGAAUAGUUUAUGGAAGAGAUGUAUGAUUGUUAAGGUCUUGGGGAGGAGUAUCACAUUAUUGAGCUUAACGAGAAGGUUGAAGGAGCUAUGGAAACCUGCGGGAUCAAUGUUUGUGAUGGAUCUCCCGAAGAAUUUUUUCAUGGUUCGUUUUGGAGUAGAGGAGGAGUAUAUGAAUGCGUUAUCAGGUGGCCCAUGGAGGGCUUUUGGGAGUUACCUUAUGGUGCAAGCAUGGACGCCCGAGUUUGAUCCGCUGAGGGACGAGAUAGUUACGACACCGGUUUGGGUUCGUUUAGCACAUAUCCCAGUUAAUUUUUAUCAUAAAACGAUACUGAUAGGGAUUGCCAAGGGGUUAGGAAAACCGAUCAAGGUGGACUGUACCACGUUAAAAGUCGAAAGAGCUAGAUUUACGAGAAUUUGUGUGGAGGUUAACCUUAAUAAGCCAUUGAAAGGGACAGUGAUGAUUAAUGGUGAGAGGUACUGCAUAUCAUAUGAAGGAAUCUCGAUGAUCUGCUCGUCAUGUGGUAUGUAUGGACAUCUAGCCUGUUCAUGCCCACGUAAGGUACUGGAGAAAACUCCUAUAAAUGCGGUUGUUCCAGUGGAAAGGACACAAAAGAGUACGGAGGUUGCAGGUAUGGAUACAGAUUUUAUCCUAGUGAGACAGGCGAGGAAAGGCCUAACUCAGAAUGGGCAGAGAAGAGUUACACUGCGGAGUAAUGAAAGUAGGGAGAUGGUAGGAAACAAGACGUUGAUCGGUAGUAAAAGUCGGGGGGAUCGUCAAGAGAGUAUGUCGGAGGAGAUAAGGGUUUCGAAUAGGUUUGGAGGGUUGAAUGUGGAGGAGGAUAUGGAGGAACAAGUGGAGGAGAGUGGGAAUAGAGAAGAGAAUAAAGAAAAUGAGAAUACUACUAAUAUAGUUUCUGAAGGAGCGAGCAAAGAGACUGGAAAGGAAUUCUCGUUUGGAAACAAUGGGAACAGAGGGAACCGACAGCCUGCUCGAUUGGGUCCAAAAGAUAAGAAGAUUAGCAACAUGAGAGGCCCAAAUCCUCAUAAGACCAAACUGAGAAAUGUUGGGCCUAUGCGGGGUUUGGUGUUUGGCCCAAUAAGUGGGGAGAGUGGCUUAUCGGCGAGAGGGAAGAGACUACGAGUAGAGAAGGAAAAUGUCGGCCGACCAGAUGGUGUUUUCGCAGGAGAUGGGGAGCUAGACAGAAAUGAGAAGAAUUCUGGGCAUGUGUACGAUAAAAAUAACACUCAUGUGCAAUUUUCAGAGAUGGAGAAUCUGGAAUUGAAUGAGGCAGAAGCUAGUGCGAGCCAAGAACGAGAAGUCCUGGAGAGUGUGGAGACAUAA